UUUCCGGCUAGGGACAAGAGUAGACAACUCUCAUCUGACAGCCCAGUUCCGGCAACAAAAAUGGCAACUAACACGUGCAGAACAGCUCCCUUGCUUCUACGGAAUGCCUACCUAAGGAAACGAUGGUCUAGAUCCUUUUGUGCCCAGACAAAGUUAUCAAAUGUUGAAAUCCGGAAAAAGAGAAAUGCAAUAUUUGAUGAAGAAAGGAAGAGACAACUGUCUCUCAUCAGGCGGAUUGAGAAGAUUCAGGUGGAGCAUGUUGGACCCCCAGAGGACUGCUCCCUCGUCAUGAACCGCGGCCUCUCCACACCCUUCAACUGUGCCAUGCAUAUACAAGAACUACUGAUGACCCGUUCAGCCCUGGCGCUGGUCAACAGUCAGCCCUGGGAUAUGCAUCGACCUCUUGAGGAGGACUGUGAGAUCCAAUUUCUCCACUUCCGCGACGAAGACCCCCGGACCCUCAACAAUGCGUUCUGGCGUACCUGUUCCUUCGUCCUGGGUCAUGUGAUGGAAACUGCGUUCAAAGACGAUGUAACGGUGGAUUUGGUCAGCUUUCCCAAACCAUCCGUGUCAAGUGGGAGCUUCGUACAUGACGUCAAUCUCAGCUUGCAUAACUGGAAACCCACCACAGUCGAACUGAACUGUCUCAGCCGAAUCGCGUACAAACUUCGACUAGAUGACCUCAAGUUUGAACGUCUCGAGGUUGACGCCUCGGUGGCUGAGAGGCUGUUUGAGGACAAUCUAUUCAAGAAAAGUCAAGUACCACAAAUUGCAGCCAAAUCCAACACAGGGUCGAAGGUCACCUUGUACAAGAUGGGCGAACACAUUGACAUGUCCCGGGGACCACUUAUAGCCAGUACCAGCCAGAUCGGGCGGUUCAAUGUCACAGCGAUUCACCCGGUAGAGUGUCCAGAGCACGGACAGCUCCAGCGUGUCCAGGGCGUGGCACUCCCCACCCAGGUCAAGAUGCACCACUGGGCUUAUGAGUUUGUAGUGAAACGAGCAGCACGACUGAACGAUGCUCCCUUGCUUUCCUCAUAUUCCCAGCAGGAACAAGACAUAAGGGAAGAUACAGCCGACGUGUAGAUGAUGUUAUGGAUGAAUCCUGUAUGAUGGAUGCAACUAGGGCUGUGAUUGGCUGCAGCCAUAAAAAUGAUGCUACAUUGAAUUGGACUUCUUGAUGGAGAUGAUUGUGACUGUGUGUUGUAGAAUGCUGAGAUGAUAGUGUCACGAUAUACCGACCUCAAGUAUUGAUACAUCGCAACCAGAGACCUAAAAUCCUGGGUUCGAAUCCCAGUUUGACGUCACCAUGUUUCUAGGUUUGUCGGCACCGUCUAAGACCUGCAUCACCAGGUCCUGCUUCCUCAUCAAGCAGACACGUUGUGAUGGAACUGAAAUACUGGAACUCACUCAACCAUACAGCUGAAAUGAAAGAGCAGAGAUGAUCCAAAUGCAGAGAUGCCAACUGUCUUGGUUGGUAUUGUGGACCAAAUUCAGUAAAAUAUAUCACAGAUUUAGCUUCUGAUGGGGAGGGUGACAGAUUUUGAGGUUUUGCUUAAAUAUAAUGCUGAUUAUGUUAUUUUAAAAUAAUUAAUUUUCGCGAUGCCAGUUGGUCCAGAUAUUCCAACCAUGGUUGUUGGCACCUCUGCACAUGAGCCCAGGAUAUUGAUGUAGACUUGAUACAAAGCUACAAGGUAUAUAUAUAGCGACAUUGUACCGAGUAUUGUGACAGACACGUCAUAGAUGUUUGUAAAUACAUGGACCUUGCAAGAAGGAACAUCGUGGUAAUAAAUGUUUGUGUUUGUUGCACA